GUCAGUAGCAGCUGCGAGCUCGUUGUCUUGGUGAUCUUUUGUGUGGACUGUCACAGGUUAGUUUUAUGGUUUGCUCCAGCAGAGUAAACCGGAAUUCUCGCAGGACGCUGCUUUGAAAAAUGAAGCCUUUAAAUCCGCGUUUUAUAUUUUUGCUGAGUUUAACGGUAGUCAGCUCAAGCUUUGGAUUCUACCUUCCGGGUUUAGCACCAGUCAGUUUUUGCGAGCAAAACUCGAAAGGAGAUGCGGAGGAAUGCCAGACUGAGAUACAGCUGUUUGUGAAUAGACUGGACUCUGUGGAAUCAGUCCUGCCUUAUGAAUAUGAUGCGUUUGAUUUUUGCAAAGAUACGGAUGAAAACAGGCCCUCAGAGAACCUUGGGCAGGUGUUAUUUGGAGAAAGAAUAGAGACGUCACCUUACAAGUUUUCAUUUAAGGCUGACAAGGCUUGUGUGAAGGUCUGCACCAAAUCGUAUGAUACAGGUUCAAGAGAAGACAAGUUAAAGUUGGACUUUCUAAAGAAAGGAAUGGAGCUGAAUUACCAGCACCACUGGAUUGUUGACAACAUGCCAGUGACAUGGUGUUACAUUGUGGAGGACAAUCAGAAAGUCUGCAACCCAGGAUUUCCCAUUGGAUGUCUAGUGAACCAAGAAGGAAAGCCAAAGGAUGCCUGUGUGAUAAAUGCUGAUUUCAACAAGAAGAACACUUAUUAUGUUUUCAACCAUGUGGACAUCACCAUACAUUACCACAGUGGAGAUGAAACGAAUGGGAUGCAUGCUCGACUUGUGGCGGCAACACUGGAACCUCGGAGCAUAAAGCAUAGUAAUGACGAAAAUCCAACAUGUGAAGAAACUCCCAUGGACAUACCAGCAGAUUUCAAGAGUAAUCUCAAAGUCACCUACACUUAUUCAGUUACAUUUAAGCAAAAUGAUGAUAUUAGGUGGGCUUCUCGAUGGGAUUACAUUUUGGUUUCCAUGCCUCACACUAACAUUCAGUGGUUCAGCAUCAUGAACUCUUUAGUCAUUGUGCUCUUCCUGUCUGGCAUGGUGGCCAUGAUCAUGCUUAGAACACUGCACAAGGAUAUUGCCCGGUACAACCAGAUGGACCAGGCAGACUGGGUUAAGAUCCCUCCAGCUGCAAACGUUACCUAUGAGGAAGCCCAGGAGGAGUCUGGCUGGAAGCAGGUACACGGUGACGUGUUCAGGCCGCCCAGGAUGGGCAUGCUUCUGUCCGUCUUCCUCGGACAGGGCACUCAGGUCUUCAUCAUGACCUUCAUCACCCUUUUCUUGGCCUGCCUGGGCUUCCUGUCUCCAGCCAACAGAGGGGCUCUCAUGACCUGUGCAGUGGUGUUGUGGGUUCUGCUUGGCACAUCUGCUGGAUACGUGUCUGCCAGACUCUAUAAGACUUUCGGUGGUGAAAACUGGAAAACCAAUGUUCUUCUCACCGCCUUUUUGUGUCCUGGGAUUGUGUUUGUGGAUUUCUUCUUGAUGAAUCUGAUCCUGUGGGUAGAGGGCUCCUCCGCUGCUGUUCCCUUUGGUACACUGGUGGCCAUCCUGGCACUGUGGUUUGGAAUCUCUGUUCCUCUCACUUUUGUGGGUGCAUACUUCGGUUUCAAAAAACCAGGCAUCGAGCCACCAGUGCAAACAAACCAGAUCCCACGCCAAAUUCCUCAGCAGUCCUUCUUCACCAAACCCGUGCCGGGCAUCAUCAUGGGCGGCAUCCUGCCCUUUGGCUGCAUCUUUAUCCAGCUCUUCUUCAUCCUUAACAGCAUUUGGUCUCAUCAGAUGUAUUACAUGUUUGGCUUCCUUUUCCUGGUCUUCAUCAUCUUGGUCAUUACCUGCUCUGAGGCAACUGUUCUGCUCUGCUACUUCCAUUUAUGUGCAGAGGAUUAUCACUGGUGGUGGCGAUCAUUCCUGACCAGCGGUUUCACGGCAGUGUAUCUGUUUGUCUACGCAGUGCAUUACUUCUUCUCAAAACUACAAAUUAUAGGGGCUGCGAGCACCAUCCUCUACUUUGGCUACACCUUGAUCAUGGUGCUCAUUUUCUUCAUUUUUACAGGUACUAUGGGCUUCUUCUCCUGCUUCUGGUUUGUAAAUAAAAUCUACAGCGUGCUGAAGGUGGACUAAGGGAGGGACAUUUGGAGAACACAACAUCAUCUUUUUACAGAUCAGCUUUCAUGUGAAAGUCUGAAUAGACAUUUAAAUGAAGGUUAAAAGAACGGAUGGUGUGUUUGGCUCAACUGUAAUUCACUGACCUGCAGUAGGUGUGUGUGUGUGUGUGAACUCCAAAGACCCUUUUUUAGUGCUUUACUUGUCUCGCGUUGCCUAUGACUUCAUUCCAGCUAAACCUACCGCGCUGAGAGCAGAAGCCCAUAUCUUAUGUAUAAAUUGUCUUAUUAUGCUUUUUAUUAUACCACAUGCAGAUUUCUCAUGGGAUUCAAGUUUGUUCAUUUUGAGCACACAGAUUUGUCACACUGAUCAAUAUAAAGCUGCUUAGUUUGGAAGUGACCUCUGAGUAAGAGGUGUAGCAUCACUACAUAAUAAGUUUCACUAAUGUAACGCACCAUUAUUUGGUGGAAUUUCACAGCAAAAUACAGUCAUUUUUGAUUGGAAUCCACGUGUUUGGGAGUUUCGCUUGAGGGCUAACAGAGGGCUAAAACAUUUCCCCCCACACAGAUUUUGUCGUGUCAAGUUGGUCACGUGAAGAUGACAUGUUGAGAACAGAAAAUUGGUUUGGAAGUUUUUGGAAGUUUUUUUUUUUUGCCCGUGAAAUUUAGCCUAGUUGAUUUUGCACCUGUAAGGAAUUUUUCGCAGUCGUUUAGAUAGGAAUUAACGCGAUCAGGAAUUUCACGCGAGGGUGAAAGAUUUUGCUACGGGUUCAAGACAAGCUGCUUUGUUUUAAAGUGACUUCUGUGUGAGCUCUGCUUUAUGCAUCACGUUAUUGACAAUAUACGAAGGAACUUUUUUGCCCAUGAAAUUUCACCUAAAUUUCGCUAAUGUGACUGCACCUUAAAGCAUGCAAAACCACACCACAGUAACCUCUAUAAUGUCACCUAUUGUUGAAUAUCAGUAAUAUUUUUUACUUUGUUGCUAGUAUCAUAAAACUACUUUGUUUUGUUAUGUUUUUAUAGUUUUGUCUUGGUGAUAAAUUGUUUUUAUUGAGUGCAGGAAAUUGAAUGGUUAAGAAGCACAUUGUUUUUGCUACAGGGCUCUUUUAUACAAGUAAUAAUAUCUAAAUAAUGGGAGAUAUUUAGUGAUUUUUAUACUUUGUAAAUUAUUUAAAUAUAAUUACGUUAAGAAAACUACA